UAACAAAAAGGAGAAGGAAAGAGUGAUUGAUUCUUUGUCAUCCACGCAUCUCUCUCUGUCUCUCUUGGUUUGGCUUUGCCAAGUCAGCAUUCAAACAUCUCAAAGCAAAUUUUCCCAAAGCAAUUCCUUCAGCCGAAGGAGAAAUAAAUAAAUAUAAUUUAACAAAAACAUUCAGUCUCUCUCUCUCUCUCAGAUCGCUGACAUUACUAUCGUCAGAUUCUCGUUUGAUACGUUGGGAGAUCGAUCUAGAUACGAUACUUCGCCAUGAAUCCUGAGUAUGACUAUCUGUUCAAGCUUUUGCUUAUCGGUGAUUCUGGUGUCGGAAAAUCGUGCUUGCUUCUAAGAUUUGCUGAUGAUUCUUACCUUGAUAGCUACAUCAGUACCAUUGGUGUUGACUUUAAAAUCCGCACAGUGGAACAGGACGGAAAGACAAUCAAACUCCAGAUCUGGGACACAGCAGGUCAAGAACGUUUCAGGACAAUCACCAGCAGCUACUACAGAGGAGCUCAUGGCAUCAUUGUCACCUAUGAUGUCACUGACCAAGAGAGCUUCAACAACGUCAAGCAAUGGCUUAAUGAAAUCGACCGUUACGCUAGUGAGAAUGUGAACAAGCUACUGGUUGGGAACAAAAACGAUCUCACAUCACAGAAGGUUGUAUCCACUGAGACAGCUCAGGCUUUUGCAGAUGAACUGGGGAUCCCUUUCUUGGAAACAAGUGCUAAAAAUGCUACCAAUGUUGAAGAAGCUUUCAUGGCCAUGACUGCUGCUAUUAAGACCCGAAUGGCUAGCCAACCAUCUGGAGGUGCAAAGCCACCGACGGUCCAGAUUCGCGGACAGCCAGUGAAUCAGCAAUCAGGCUGUUGCUCAUCUUGAUUCCAUUUGUCUCAAAAGGUCUCUUUGGAUCAUUAUAAUCAUUUGUUUGCAUCGCAUGUAAGACUCCAAUUGCCAACUCGUUGAAUUGAAUAUUCUUUUUCUUUCAUUUUAUAGCUUUUCAAUUCUUUUCUCAUGUAUUUCCAAGUUUGAAACUCUCAUACAUUCUAUAGUAAUUCUAAUUCAAUAAUUCAAAAUAA